AUGGUUUAAUGGCUCACAUUACCAGAAUGAAGCCAGGGUGUAAAACAUUGCCACUUGGAUCAGAAUUGUUUGAAACUGAAAGGAUGAAGCAGGUCAUUGUAGAUAAAUGCAGACUCUUUGCAGGGUGUUUGUAUGGACAACUGAACGAAGUUGGAUCAACACUAUUUUCAACUAGUCAUAUGUUAGGGUACUCUAAAUAUUUAGAAUUAGAUAUGGUAGGAUUCGCUGUAAAUGCUGUUUCAGCUCUGGCUAUUUUAUGGGUUCCAAAGGGUUUGGUUAUCUUACCAUGGGUUAUCUUAUUUGGGGGAAUCCCACAAUUCAUAGUUGGUUCAGUUUCUUUUUCUCGAGGGUUGACAUUCGAGAGCUGUGCAUUUUUCACGUUAGGGUCAUUGUGGACAAUUUGGGGAUCAGUGAAAGGUCUUGGCGUGCUGGAUGCUGAUCAUUCUAUCGCUGCUGCUGCUGGUUGUAUUGCUUUCAUUGCGGUUGGGUUGUUACUACUAGGAUUGGCAACUGUAAUCAGUGUUAGCUGGGUUAUCCUAAUCAUACUCUACAUCUUAUUAGUGGUCGGCUUUCUGUUACAAACUUUGUCAGUUUCUGGUAUUGAUGUGUACCUAGUGGUUAUCAGCAUAGCUUUUGCUGUGGUCUGCAUCUAUUGUUUUCUGGCGUCUGUUACAAAGUCUCUUAUGGGGCGACCUUUAAUACCUACUGGAAAACCUAUAGUACAAGUUAGUUAUUUGCAUUCACAAGGAGACAAAGCAUUAUGGUGUGAUGCUAGAAGAGCCAGUGGGGUUAAACACAUUGCAGAAAUCUUAAAUAAUGGGGGUAUAUGUGGUGUACCAACAGACGUCGUAUAUAUAUUAGCAGCAGCUCUCAAAUUCCCUAAAGCAGUUGAGCGAGCCUAUAAAACAAAAAAACUUGCUGAAGAUCGUCCAAUGUCAAUGUGGAUUUCGAAAAGAGAACAGUUAUCAGCUGGUAAAGAAGAAUUCGGUGAGCUACUAUGGGAUUUAAUGCAAGAAGUUUGGCCGUCAACCAUUAGUUUGGUUAUCAAAAAAGGUCCUUGGGUGCAGAGUUUAGGGGUUGAUUUUGCUGAGAAAUAUAUUGGAAGAACUGAUAGUAUUGCUGUCAGGAUGCCUGAUAACACAGUAACAUCACAUCUGAUAGAUCAAGUUGGUCCAAUAUCUGUAAGUUCAGCCAAUCCUACCGGCGAGGCGGAUACCACACAUCAUUUACAGGUUCUAGCUAAACUUGGUUUGAAAAACUGUGAUGGUAUCUUGUGCGCUGGACCCUCACCUGAAAAUGCGGCUUCAACUGUAGUAGAUUGUAGACAAAUCAACGAAGGCAAGUUAGGCUUCUUCAGAAUUGGUAUUGUUCCCAAAAGUAGAGUUGAAGAGCUAUUUGAAAAAGUUCGAAGC